CAGGCGUGGUUGCAGCAAUUUUGUUUUUUAAACUUUAAUACAGGUUUAAAAUAAUAAUAUGCUACAUUAGCCUACGUUUUCAGCUGUGUGCCCGGUCUGAAACGUCACAUGUCCGCAACAUAGAUCAUCACUUUUCAUAAAUAAAUCCACUCAGUCCUAAUAAGCACUGAGCAGGGUCGUCCAUAUGUAUCUUAACUUGAAGCUGAAAUUUCCGACCGCACGUCAAGGCAGCACCCGUCUAGAGAAGCCGCACGUGUGAAGCAGCGGAGUUUCUGUCUCCUCCAAUCACGGCGCCGUCUCACUCAGCCUUGUCCAAUGGGAAUAGCGCGCGUGCAGGUGGCCGCGCUAUUAUCAGCGGGUCCCGCUUCAGUCCCAGCCUAGAGCGAGUCAAUUUAUGGAAAGACAAGUCGACCCCUUAAUGGUUCCCAUCAAAACCACUAAAAACAUCAUCAGACCGGCCGACUUCCGCGAGGAUUCCUGUGGCGGACGCAUGCAGCUUUCUCCCAGCUGACACCCCGCGACCAAAACAAACACCGAGAGACAUUUUUGGGACUUUGACCAAAGCUCGUUGCUUCCCAAGAGAGAAGAGAAGUUCGGCUCGGCUGAAGUUUUUCAACAUUUCAGCAGUCUUCUUCUUCCCCGUCCAGGAUACUUGUGGAGAAGGCGUCAGAGGUGGCCUGCGUCCAGAAUAUCUGCGCCUUUAUUUACUCUUAUUAGUUUGUGUUUGUUUUUUUUUUAAUUUCCGGUUUUUAUCCAAACGAGUUUGGUGGUUCAUGUUCACAAAUGUUAGCGGUCGGGCAGAUGGAGGCUAACCGGCAGAGUGCUUUCGUCCUGGGCAGCACCCCGCUGGCGGCGUUGCACAACAUGACCGAGAUGAAGACGUCCCUGUUCCCGUACACGCUGCAGCAGAGCCCGGCCGGAUUCAAGGCACCUUCGCUCUCCAGCCUCAACUCCCAGCUCUCCAUGGGGACCCCGCACGGAAUAAGCGACAUCCUGGGAAGACCCAUCACCACGGCCGGACAGCUUCUCUCCGGCUUCCCCAGGAUAAACGGCCUGGCUACCACCGCGGCCGCCGCAGCAGCGGGGAUGUACUUCAGCCCGGCGGUGUCGCGGUACCCGAAGCCCCUGGCUGAGCUGCCGGGGAGGGCGCCCAUUUUCUGGCCCGGGGUGAUGCAGGGUUCUCCAUGGAGGGACCCGCGGGUUCCCUGUCCCUCUCAGACUAAUAUCAUGAUGGACAAGGACGGCAAGAAGAAACACUCCAGACCUACUUUUUCAGGACAGCAGAUUUUUGCACUGGAAAAAACUUUCGAGCAGACGAAAUACCUGGCCGGUCCAGAGAGAGCCCGCCUGGCGUACUCUUUAGGAAUGACCGAGAGUCAAGUCAAGGUUUGGUUUCAGAACAGAAGAACCAAAUGGCGGAAGAGACACGCAGCAGAAAUGGCUACGGCCAAGAAGAAGCACGACUCUGAGACGGAGAAGAUGAAGGAGAGCUCGGAUAACGAGGACGACGACGACUACAACAAACCACUGGACCCAAACUCAGACGACGAGAAAAUCACGAGACUGUUGAAAAAGCACAAGGCCACCAACCUGGCGCUGAUCAGCCCCUGCAGUAACAGCUCGGACACCUUGUGAUGCCCACAGCUGAGGGCUAAAAGUGAAGGGGGAGAGGAGGAGGAGGGGGGGGGCCGAAGGGUCCAACAGAGACUUGUCGCACUCUUUCUGACCCCCUUUCCACCUGACAUUACGAACAUGCGCCUGAGGGGAGUCACAUCUUGCCCAGACGGAGCAAAGAAAGUGUGUAAAAAAAACAACAACAACAAAACAACCCCGAGUGUGCGCCAAGACGCACGGAAGACGCGCUCACCAAAACGUGGCCAGAGACGCAUUUUGGCUGCAUCCAAACCCACUUAGAGACACUGUGCAUAUGGUGACACAACUCCUGUCAGAACUGGACUGAAGAAGACUUAAAAGUUCACGUGAGCUGAAAGGACAAAAAAAAAAUGUUGGGACGGGAAAUUGUUUUGGCGACGCAAAUCAGUUUUUACGCAGACAAAGUUUUAACAACAGGUGUAAAUGUGAACUAUUAUAUACACACACUCCGGAUCAGUGCUGGUCUCUUUGCUUUGAUUCCACAAGUGAUGCCGCUUUAUUUUACGCAUGCUCAUAACUCAUGAAACAUUAUUCUGCGAUAGCAGAAUUAACAGCUUGUGUCACCUUUAAAAGUCACGCAGGCAGUUCUUUCCUCUCUGAGUGAGGAGGCUGAAUGGUUUUAUUAAUUGGUGACAUAAUUUAUAAUUUUCAGCACCCAUAAGAUUUUCUUCAGCAAAAAAAAAAGACAUCUUUAUUCUGCUAUAAAGAAAGUGUGCACCUUUUUUAAAAGAUAAUUCAGCUUGAAUCCAUUGUUUUGGUUGAAACCAAACUCAUGUGUAAGCUUCGAAUUAUCAGCAGCCAGCCCUGAUCCGGAUCCCAGACGCAUGUUUAAAAUGGCAGGUGUAAACGGGGCCUGUGAUGCUUCUAAAGCUCAGUCUAACCAGGGUAUCCACUGUCCUAAAAGGCGAGAGAGGAAAGUGUUUUGAGGUGGAGGCGCAGGUUUGAGGUGAAUGAAUGAUUUGUGCUGAAGCCUAAAGAUGAAACUGUUCGUCAGAUUGUAUAUAUUUUUUACUGAAUAAGUUAUGUUGUUUGAACCAGUGGAAACGUGGCAGCCAUCCUCCCUCCGCAGCCCGGACGCGCUUCAGAUAAACCUGCUGCUGCUUCUCCUGAUUUUUUUGUUUGAAUUCUGAUUCCUGCAGAGUAACUCCAUUUUUUUUUUUUUUUGUUACAUUUCUCAGUUCAGUAUCGACACAAAUGUAUAGAGGCAGACUGCUGUAAAUAUUCACUGUAAAGACAAACAACCCAACAGAUUGUUUUAACCACGUCACAGCACACUGUUUUCUUCUGGUUUCAUUUGAGAAAGUUCUAUGUUUUACCUCUUCAUCAUCAUCAUCAUCAUCAUCAUCAUCACACGCAGCGGAACAGAACACUGGACCCUCGUUUUUGUUGGACUUAAAGAGAGUAUUAUUGCUUCCGGGAAGGUGAUAGGAAGAAAAAAACACUUUGUAUUAUGAAUAAAUUAUUUAACAAGCAUUUUUUUGUUUUAUUAUGAGUUUUGUUUCAAUGUAUGGGCUUAAUAUAAAUUAAAGAUAAAUUCAUGACUAUCAAUAAUUGGAUUUCAUUAUUGGCACCAGUGACGCUCUCAUGCUGAUUUAACCUGACAAUGAUU